CCACAGGAGACACGAUACAGCCUCACUCCCUCUUUGAUUUAUUGAGGCUACUCCAAACACCCACUUCAGCAUUCUUUGAGCUUUUUAUUUUACCAAUCAUUCAUUCUCUCUCUCUCUCUUUUUUAAUUCCGGACAAAUCCAUAACAGAUCCACGACGCUGGCUAUUAAUUUAACUCAUUUUCGUUUUCCGUCGUGAUGGUACUUGGCGCGGCUACUGUACGCCAGGCAGGAGAGGAGCUGGUUGUGGAUGAAGGCGCACACCUCGAUUGAUUCCUCCUCUUUUUUCGCUUUAACGGUUUCAUUGUGAAACAGUUAAACUCGUCUUUUGGAUCGUCGCCUUCCUGGACUCAGGUGUAUCACAACUUCGUUUGUUGUUUUCCUUGUUGCCGCUGCAGCCGGCCAUCCUGCGCCGUAACAUGACGAUUAAGCAGUAAAAUAAUAGUGAGAAAAAGGCCUACACAUAGAAACUGGAUAUGGAGUCAGUAAAGACGAGAGCCGCAGCGGGGGUGAAGGAAUUUGCGGGGAAGACCCUGGGUCAUAUGCACAGGUUGAUGGAGAGGAAACAGAAAACCGGGGAGGUGAUCGAGCUGACGGAGGAUGGGCGGCCCCGGGAGGCCGCGGAGAAGAAACCCCCGCUGUGCGACUGCAACUGCUUCGGUCUGCCCCGCCGCUACAUCAUCGCCAUCAUGAGCGGCCUUGGCUUCUGUAUCUCUUUCGGUAUCCGGUGUAACCUGGGCGUGGCCAUAGUGGGCAUGGUCAACAACAGCACCAUCCACGUUGACGGCAAGAUCAUCAUCAAAGAGAAAGCCAAAUUCAACUGGGAUCCGGAGACGGUGGGUCUGAUUCACGGAUCCUUUUUCUGGGGCUACAUCGUUACACAAAUCCCGGGAGGAUACAUAUCCUCCAGGCUGGCAGCAAACAGGGUAUUUGGUGCAGCCAUUGUGCUUACCUCGAUUCUCAACAUGUUCAUUCCCUCGGCUGCCCGAGUCCACUAUGGGUGUGUCAUCUUUGUCAGGAUAUUACAAGGGCUGGUGGAGGGAGUGACCUACCCGGCCUGUCAUGGCAUCUGGAGUAAGUGGGCUCCUCCGCUGGAAAGGAGUCGUCUGGCCACCCUCUCAUUCUGUGGUUCCUAUGCUGGUGCCGUGGUAGCGAUGCCUCUGGCUGGGAUCCUGGUUCAGUAUUCAGGCUGGUCCUCGGUGUUCUAUGUCUAUGGAUGCUUCGGCAUGUUCUGGUAUGUGUUCUGGAUCCUUGUGUCUUAUGAGAGCCCUGCUGAACAUCCUACCAUCACUGAUGAGGAACGCUGCUACAUUGAGGAGAGCAUUGGAGAGAGCGUCAAGCUAUCGGGUCCAGCCGAGAAAUUCAAGACCCCCUGGAAGAAGUUCUUCACCUCUAUGCCCGUCUAUGCAAUCAUCGUCGCCAACUUCUGCAGGAGCUGGACGUUUUACCUGCUGCUGAUCAGCCAGCCUGCAUACUUUGAGGAAGUGUUUGGCUUUGAGAUAAGCAAGGUCGGCGCACUGUCUGCCCUUCCACAUUUGGUGAUGACCAUCAUCGUGCCUCUUGGCGGCAUGCUGGCCGACCACCUACGCAGCAAGAACAUCCUGACGACUACCACUGUCAGGAAAAUAAUGAACUGUGGAGGAUUUGGCAUGGAGGCAACAUUUCUGCUGGUGGUAGGAUACUCCCACAGCAAAGGGGUGGCCAUCUCCUUCUUGGUGCUGGCAGUGGGCUUCAGUGGAUUUGCCAUAUCAGGCUUUAAUGUCAAUCACCUGGACAUCGCUCCACGCUACGCCAGUAUCCUAAUGGGCAUCUCUAAUGGAGUAGGUACCCUGUCUGGGAUGGUGUGCCCAAUAAUUGUUGGUACUAUGACAAAGAACAAGACUCGAGAGGAGUGGCAGUCUGUGUUCUUGAUCGCCUCCAUGGUGCAUUAUGGGGGGGUGAUCUUUUAUGGGAUCUUUGCGUCCGGAGAAAAACAGCCGUGGGCCGACCCAGAACUGACCAGCGAGGAGAAGUGUGGCUUUAUAGACGAGGACGAGCUGGCAGAAGAGACGGGCGACAUCACUCAAAGUCACGGUGCCUUUGGAGGUCCGGCUAAGUCGUACGGUGCAACUACGCAGGUGAACGGAGGCUGGGCUUCAGGCUGGGAGAAGACGGAGGAGUACGUCCAGGAAGAAGCACAGCCAGGAGGCUAUGGAUACAGGCAGGAUGAGGGAUACUCCUAGACCAAACAUAUUCACUGACACAUGAGUAGACUUAUUUUCCUGAAUGUGCAUCAGUUUAGUCCUAAAAAAUAUCAACAAAUGAGAAACAUAAAAAACUACAAUCCAUUGUGGUAUUGUUUGCACAAAUAAAAAAAAUAAAUAAAUCAAAAUAAGUAUCAAUUUAAUGUAAAAAUUACUAAAAUGUGUGGAAAAAAAUAGGAUAUUGGAUUAAUAGAGGUGUAACACAUAUCAAAUUGGCGGUCUGUAAACGUAUUCUUAUGCAUAUUGAUAAUAGAUAUAUUCAUUUGAAGUGCAAUUGUGUGUAAAUGUGAACAUUUUUAUCCCAUCAGCCGAGGCUUCCUGUCUACACUAAAGCCUGUAGGGUUACAUAGAAGCUGCCCAUCAGAACCGACCCCUUAUUUAUCAAACUAACUGUUAUAAUACAACGUCUUACAAGCCAGCCAUUACAGUGUAUAGAUAUGUCACUGCACAGCGUCGUAAACAGAAACUAGACACUCUGUUGAUAUAGAUUGUACUGUAUCUCUCCUGAAUGCACUCAGAGUAGUGUGUCCUUUUUAUGCACAAUAUGAUGAUUUUUGUUUUUGUAUCACCGGCUUCUGUGUCUGUAAAUGUCCUUAACAUGUGAGUGACCUAGUGUUUGAGUUUGGUUACACUUGCAUAUAAGGUAAAGAAAAUGUCAGUCCAAUGUUUGUUACAUGUGAUCCAUUUUGUACCUCUGCAGUUGAGCUUUUGAUUUUUAGCAAUUUUUAACCCGUCACAUCUCAGCAGUGUAGUGCAGCAGUAAAGCCAUUUGCAUCAUUAUACUCACCAUUAAUGUCAUAAAAGUCUAGUUGUACCAAUGCAAUGAAAGAUUUUUCUUGAAUGAAAUAUAUAUGAGAGAAAUUAAUAGAUAGUAAAGAUGUAUAAGAGUUUAUAGAUUACAUUUAGACCAAGAGAUUUACGGUCAAACACACCCUUAUGAAGGGUUUGUGCAAUGCAAAGAUUUUGGGAAAGUACACAUUAGCCAAAAUCAGUAUGAUAGUCUUACUAAUAAUGUUACAUGAGAAGAGGAAAAAAGUUAUGUUUAAGUAAACGUGAAAGAUAUUUACAUGAUAAGAUGGAUAAGAGCGUAAUCUUAACAUUUAACUAAGUAUUUAUCUACUACAAAUAUAAUUAUAAGAGUCAAAGAAGUGAAACUGUUUUAACUUUAGCAGAAAUUUGAGUGUCCAUGUAGGAUCACAUUGUUUAAAGUGAAAAAAUGAGCUUCAGGGCCUUUAAAAUUAAAGAAAGAAGAGUUUAAAAUGUCAAAUGACAUAAUAGAGGAAUUAUUAAAGGGAACAAGUAUUUGAAUGUUUACAUAAAGCUACACUUUGCAUAAAGUUUACCAAAACAGGAGAUUUCUAUUCACCCUAAUAGAGAAGAUACAGCAGGAAGGGACACAUGAGUGCAAUUUGGACAAAUGGACAAACUGCCAUUUGUCUAUUUCCAUUACAGAAUGGUAGUGAGAUUAUUUUUAUGAUUUGAUGUAUAAUGCAAUGAACUUUAUGGGAGUCUGGUAAUGAAAAGUGUUUUAGGCUCCUGAAAAGGAAGAACAAGCAAACACACCUCAGCAUUUGCUUUGUCCUCAUUCUGCAUUAACACUGACAAGGUCUGAAGGGGGACAAUUUUGUUUAAUGUGUCACUUGUCUGAAGUCAGCACUUCACAAUAUAGAUGUGUGUGGAUGUGUAUUUAUGCAUGGAACAAAGUGAAAUGUGUAGUAUGUCCUUUUUUACUUUCUUUUUCUUUCAAACUUAUUUGUCUUUGUCUCAGAAACUGUUACUGAUGCUUCAAUUUCUUUGCACAAUUUAAGGUGAAAAGCAGAGCUGGAUUUUAGCUGGAAGUCAAAUAUUUAUUUUUACGGAGUACAGACCAUCAGCAGUGAGGUUCCAGCAUAUGGACCGCAAAGUGUGCAGGUGGCACCAAAACAUUACUCAGUGUACAAAGCAAUAAAUCCAUAGUAACAGUUCUGGUCAUUAUGUUACUGUUUUUUAAGCCUUUGAGUCGUGUUUUUUUGUGAUAACAAAUGUAGAAAAUAACACUUGUAAAAAAAACAAACAGAAAUAUAUGUAUGAAAAAUAUAGUUAUAGAG